AUGGAGCUGGCCAAUGGGACCACAGUCCAAGAAUUCAUUUUGCUAGGUUUGGAGAGUGGGCAGCAAAAACGGUUCUUCCUUCUUACCAUUUUUACUAUUAUCUACAUAAGCACUCUGGCUGAGAAUACUACUAUUAUCACUCUGGUACACGUAGAUGCCCAGUUAGCCCAGCUCCCUAUGUACAUCUUCUUGGGUAACUUCUCCCUGCUGGAGAUGUGUUAUGUGACUACCACCAUGCCCCGUAUGCUCUCUGAUCUGGCUGUUCCACAAGGGAUCAUCUCCUUCCAAGCCUGUUUCAUUCAAUUCUAUAUUUUCUACUCACUUGGCAGCACUGAAUGCUUCUUCCUCUCAACCAUGGCCUUGGAUCGCUAUCUGGCCAUUUGCCACCCACUCCGCUACCCAACAAUUAUGUCUCAAACAAACUGUUCCAAGCUUGUAGCUGGUUGCUGGAUUGCUGGGUUCUUGGUAUAUGCUGCCCCAAUAAUUUUGAUCUCUAGGCUGUCCUUCUGUGGCCCCAAUGUCUCUGACCACUUUUUGUGUGAUCAAGGGAUCCUGUCCUUAGCUUGCCCUCCAUUAGGAAAUGCUCCACUUAUCCUAUUUGCCAUGAAUACUUUCAUCAUAUUAGGCAACUUAAUCUUUGUCACUAUUUCCUAUGGCACUAUCAUUUUCACACUGAUCAAAUCCUCUUGCCAACGUAGCAGGAAGAAAGCCUUCUCCACCAUAUCCUUCCAUCUCAUGGUGGUGACCCUUUUCUAUGGUUCUGUGGCAGGAAUGUACGUAGCUCCAAGUGGGAAAGGUCAGUCACGUGUCACUAAAAUAGUCACUGUCUUCUACACUACCAUUACACCCUUUCUCAACCCCAUGAUCUACUGUCUGAGGAACGAUCAGGUGAAGGAGGCCCUGGACAGAGUGCUGAGAAGGACGGAGCAAUGGCUGAGAAAAAGAUGA